UCUUCCUAAUCUUAAAAUAAUGGAUGGCAAAAUUAAUUCUAAACCUCAGUCGUUUUACGGAUUUCCUUCAAAUGUUCCAAUCCAACUUAAACAAGCAUAUGCACACCGUGGCAUCAAAAAACUUUUUCAAUGGCAAUCAGAAUGUUUAUCAGAUUCAUCACUUUUUGCUCCAGAAUAUUCAAAUUUAAUUUAUUCAGCACCUACAAGUGCAGGAAAAACUUUAAUUGCUGAAGUAUUGGCUGCUUGUAAUUGCUUGGAAACUGGACGUCGAACAAUUUUUGUUCUUCCUUAUAUUUCUGUUCAUUAUGGCGUUCUAUUGGAUUAG